AUGCUGAUCAUUUCACUCGUCCAGGUCACUGGUCCUGUCCCAAUCGCGGCUUUCAUGCGCCAGGUUCUCACUUCCCCUGAUGGUGGAUACUACACAACCCGAGGAGAGGGUGGAGGCGUUUUCGGCAAAAAUGGCGAUUUCGUCACGUCACCCGAGAUCUCCCAGGUCUUCGGCGAGCUGAUUGGCAUAUGGACUGUGGCAGAGUGGAUGGCGCAAGGGCGUACAAGAAGUGGGGUUCAACAUUCCGCAAUUUCAAGAGCUUCUCGUCUAGUGUGGAAGCUAUAUAUCUUGUCGAGGCUAGUGGGACUCUUCGGGAAGUGCAAAAGCGCCUGCUCUGCGGCGAGGAUGCUGCGAUGGAAGAGACUGACAUCGGUCACCGGAGUAAAUGCAAAUACUUCGAUGUACCCAUUGUGUGGGUUGAGGACAUUCGUCUUCUGCCGCAAGACGCCGUUCAUCUUUGCACAUGAGUUUUUCGAUGCGCUUCCAAUCCACGCAUUUGAGUCUGUUCCGCCAGCCCCAGAGAACCAGCAAACAGACGAGCCACGCAAGAUCAUGACGCCAACUGGCCCGGCCGAGCUGCAUAACCCACCCAAGGUCGCUAACACACCGCAAUGGCGUGAGCUCAUGGUGACAUUGAACCCUAAGGCUGUUGAAGAAAACAUCGUAGGAGAACCCGAGUUCCAAUUAACAAAAGCCAAAGCCUCCACCCCCUCAUCCCUGGUGAUCCCGGAGAUUUCCCAGCGUUACCGAGCUCUCAAGUCGCAGGCAGGCUCGACCAUUGAGAUCAGCCCAGAAAGCCGAAUCUAUGCUGCAGACUUUGCACGCCGGAUUGGUGGUGGUGCCUCUUCUGCAGCUGCUUUGAAGAAGAACCCUGCUUCCAACACAAUUGCCCCAUCCACGAAGAAGACACCCUCUGGCGCAGCCCUUAUCAUGGACUACGGAACCUUGUCAACCAUUCCCAUCAACUCGCUUCGAGGAAUCAAGAGCCACGAGAAGGUUGCACCACUCUCAGAGCCUGGACGUGUUGAUGUCAGUGCGGAUGUGGAUUUCACUUCGCUGGCUGAAGCAGCCAUUGAGGGUAGCGAUGGCGUUGAAGUCCACGGUCCUGUUGAGCAGGGCGACUUCCUCGGCGCUAUGGGAAUUGAAGAGCGCAUGCGCCAACUUCUUCGCAAGGUGCCGGACGAGGAGCAUAGAAAGACACUUGAGACUGGCUGGAAGCGUCUUGUGGAGAAGCAUGCUGGCUCAAUGGGUCAAAUUUACAAGGUCAUGGCCAUUCUGCCUGAGAAUGGUGGCAAACGACGACCUGUUGGGUUUGGAGGGGGUAUCUCCAUAUAA